GCGGAGCUCGGGGUGUGACGGCGCGGACCGGCGGGCAGGGCCCCGGGGAAGGCGGGCAGGACCCUACGCGGCCGCCGUGAGGAGUGUGCGGGAUCCACGCCCAGGGCUGAGAUGGAGAAUCACAGGCUCAGAGCGGGGAACUGACGACCCCAAAACCCGUCCUGUGGCCAGGGGCGCCCAGUGGAAUCAUCGUCCUGGCGCACCGUGGCCGAGGGAAGAACUGUUUGGCACCCACAGGUCCCUGGAGCUGCUGACCCUGUGACCAGAAUGCCCGCAGGAGGGGAAGCAGCCAGGGCGGCCAGGCCCCGUGUGCUGAUGGCUGGCAGAUGGUCUCACCUGCUCUGGGUCCUGUUGCUGGUGGAGACGGUGUCUGGGUCCGGGGGCCUGUCUCUGGGGACUCCUGUUCGCCCCCAGGUCCAUGUCUCAGGUGUGAACCAGGCCCCCAUGGCAGACUGUCGCAGUGUAUGUAGCCUAAACGUCUCUGACCGCUGCAACUUCGUCCGGAGCAACCCUGACUGCCGCAGCGACGGCGGCUACCUGGACUACCUUGAAGGAGCUUUCUGCCACUUCCACCCCAACCUCCUCCCGCUGGCCAUCACCCUCUAUGUGUUCUGGCUACUCUACCUGUUUUUGAUCCUGGGGGUCACAGCUGCCAAGUUCUUCUGUCCCAACUUGUCGGCCAUUUCCAGCACGCUCCAGCUCUCCCACAACGUGGCUGGCGUCACCUUCCUGGCCUUUGGAAACGGUGCACCUGACAUCUUCAGUGCACUGGUGGCUUUCUCGGACUCGCGCACCGCCGGCCUGGCUAUUGGGGCACUGUUCGGUGCUGGCGUGUUGGUCACCACCGUGGUGGCCGGAGGUAUCGCCAUCCUGCACCCCUUUACAGCUGCCUCCAGGCCCUUCCUCCGGGACGUGUCCUUCUACAUGACUGCCGUGUUCCUGACCUUCACCGCCCUCUACUUCGGCAGGAUCACGCUAGCGUGGGCCCUCGGUUACCUGGGGCUGUAUGUGUUCUACGUGGUCACCGUCAUCCUAUGCACCUGGAUCUACCAGUGGCAGCGGGCGAGAUCCUUGGUCUGCUCCUCGCCGGGGACUCCAGAGAUGCUCUCAGAGUCUGAAGACGACUUGGUCUCUUCCAACACCAACAGCUAUGACUAUGGGGACGAGUACCGGCCGCUGCUCUCCCAGGAGACCACGGCUGAGAUCCUGGCCAGGGCCCUCAACCCUUUGGACUCCAGGAAGUGGAGAAGUAAGUCGGCAUCCUGGAGGGCCCUCAAGGUGCUGAAGCUGCCCGUGGAGUUCCUGCUGCUUCUCACCGUCCCCGUGGUGGACCCAGACAAGGAUGAUAAGAACUGGAAACGACCCCUCAACUGUCUGCACCUCGCCAUCAGCCCUCUGGUUGUGGUCUUGACCCUGCAGUCAGGAGUCUAUGGCGUCUAUGAGAUAGGCGGCGUCCUUCCCGUGUGGGCAGUGGUGGUGAUGGCUGGCACGGCCUUGGCGUCCAUCACCUUUUUUGCCACAUCCAACAACGAGCCUCCCAAGUUCCACUGGCUCUUUGCUUUCCUGGGCUUCCUGACCAGUGCUCUGUGGAUCAACGCGGCUGCCACGGAGGUGGUGAACAUCUUACGGUCGCUGGGCGUAGUCUUUCGGCUCAGCAACACUGUCCUGGGCCUCACAUUGCUGGCCUGGGGGAACAGUAUCGGAGAUGCCUUCUCAGAUUUCACCCUGGCCCGCCAGGGCUACCCACGGAUGGCGUUUGCAGCCUGCUUCGGGGGCAUCAUCUUCAAUCUCCUGGUGGGCGUCGGGCUGGGCUGCCUGCUGCAGAUCUCGCGCAGCCACGCCGAAGUUAAGCUGGAGCCAGCCGGCCUGCUGGUGUGGGUCCUGGCCGGUGCCCUGGGCCUCAGCCUGGCCAUCUCGCUGGUCUCUGUCCCACUGCAAUGCUUCCAGCUCAGCAAAGCCUACGGCCUCUGCCUGCUCCUGUUGUACCUGAACUUCCUCAUCGUGGCCCUUCUCACGGAGUUUGGGGUGAUUCACCUGAAGAGUGGGUGACGGCAGCUGUGGAGCCCUGUACCUGGUGGGAGUGGGGUCACGUGGGUAGGUGGGCCCCCGGAGUGUCUGCUGGACAGGAGAACUAAGUCCCUCUGGCUGCUAGCACCCAGUAGCAUCACGCAGGGACUUGGGCAGGGAGCGUCACUGU